AUGAAAUGUAGCAAGGCCAAGUUCAGAUCGCCAGUUCCGGAUUAUCUUGAGCUUACGAAUCAGUCCCAUCGCUGGCAUGACCGAUCGAUCCAGCCGGACUUUAUCUCGGAAGAGACGGCUCUCCCGAAGCAGAGUAAUUGCGCUCUCGAAGUUGAUGUCCGGGUGCAGGAUAUCUUGAAUCGUUUGGAUAUCAAGGAAAGGCCGAUACACCAUGAUUUCACCGAGCUUCUGAAACCGAUGACUUCGGAUGAACGAUUGGUUCCAAGCAUGGCUGGCUUAUGGCAGGAUGAAAAACGAAGGCGGAACAGGAAGCUUGGUAUUCUUGAUCCAGGAAGUAGCCCAUUUAGCGCCGAGGACUUGACUUCUCUAUCAGCGAACACAAGGAACCAUCUAAACGGGCCGUGGAUUCAUGAAGAAGAGUUCCGCCAGAUGGCGUCUCAGAUCGCUGCAGCCGAGAAGGUCCAAAUGGGCAGCAAAGACAUCACAUUUGAUAAUAUCUUGAAAAAGAAGCCAUUUGAGGAAAACAUUAAGACCGUGCUGGAAAGUGUCGAAGAUUUCUUCGCGGAUGAAAAUGAAUUUUCGAGUGCACACGGGGCCACAGAGCCGGCUAUAGAAGUUCAAGUUGACACUGAUGUUCUUCCUCAAGAGGAUGCAGCGGAGUCCGAUGACGGCUCUUACUGCUCGGAUGAUGAUAUUGCGGACUUGUUCUCGGACGAGGAGGGUGGCCCAGAAGAUACAGUUGUUGCCCAAGGUCCACUAGGGGAGAUGGUCUCUGAUCAACCCUUCCAGCUUGAAGACCCUAUACAACAAGAUAAAUUCUUGACCCCUAAAAAAGAUGGACCACCUGGGGCCUAUGUUAAUAGGCUUGAGGACAUAAAUUCUCGAGAAAACAUAAAUGCUGGCAUUCAAAGUGCAAUACGAUCUCUCAAGCGCCUCGGUAACAUGCCUUAUUUCAACAGACCUCCUAAGAGAAUCAGGUUCUUUGACGACGAUGUAUCACGCAACCUAUCCCCAAACCCCCAGAAUCUACCGAAACCUGUUAUGGCAUUAGAAAAAGAAGCGAACCGCCAGACUAAGGAGACGGAAUCCUUUGAAAAUGCAGAAACAUCACAUCCUAAUCUGUCAUUUCAAGCAAAUGUUGAAGAUUCACAGCCAACACCACGGUCCCAGGGUGGAGUCCAAAACAGCAAACUUGGCUUUCCGGUAGUCAAAGAUCCGAAUGAUCCCAUGACCAUUCUUCGAUUUAGCCAGGAGGGCAACACACCCAAGGCAAUGCCGAAGAACUUGGAAAGCACGACAGUUCCUGCCCAGGGCGUUGCCAAAGACGCAAGUCCAAUGCAAAGCUCUGAGCCUUUGCAACUAUCCUCGAUAGAGACGAACUCAAACUCUGUCGAUCCUUACGUGUCAGAAAUGGCAUCUUCGAUUUAUGAAACCUUUAACUUCUCCUCAAGUAGUCGAAUCUGUGUCUUACGGCUGCCUUGCCCGAAUCCGAGCGAUGUUUCGUCUUCCCUCGAUGAAUAUGGUUACCCUUCUGUCAUCUAUCAGAAGGCCCACUAUGGCAAUGUCGCUGAUGUCCCCGACCGGCCUCGAGAUAACGCAGGUAGAGAGUUUCGACUUGAAGGUAACGACAUUCAUUAUCUGCCUGAUUUUGAUCCGUCGGGGCGCUCUCAUGCAAUGAUGGGGGAGCAGAUACCAGCCGUGAAAGACAGAAAUACCCAGGAAGAAGUUGACAGAUGCUUGCGCGAAUCCUGUACUAGCAGGGUAUGGGAAUUUGCGCCUGUGCCCCCAAGUCGUGCAGAAGUCAUCAGUUGGUUUGAGAAUCAGCAAUUAGAAAGAAAAGCUCAACAAACCAAGUCAAGCGAGACGAACUUAGCAGUUGAUAUGAAACCAAAUGUUCUAUCGCAAAUCGAAGGCCCCACCCAGAAGAACGGAUAUGGGUUCAAGUAUUCCCAGAAACAAGAAUCGACUAGUGUUGAGCACCAAAAUCAGUAUAUGAGUAUCAUGAGCUUGGAGGUUCAUGUCAAUACCCGCGGUGUGCUCUCUCCGAACCCCGAGGAAGACGAGAUCUCUUGCAUAGUUUGGUGUGUGCAGUCGGACGAUGAGAAUCUUGACGUCAACAGUCAUUUACCAGGUGUCCACAUCGGAAUGGUCGUACAAAGUGAAGAAGAUAGACCGGAUAUCAAGAUUUCGAAAGCCGUGAAAGUUGAUUUGGAACACGAGCCUAGUGAGCUUGACUUGAUAACUCGAUUGGUGGAUAUUGUCCGCUGGUAUGACCCCGACAUCAUCACCGGCUAUGAGGUUCACAAUAGCUCGUGGGGCUAUGUGAUCGAGAGAGCUAGGAAGAAAUAUGAGCUGGAUAUCUGCGAUGAGUUGUCGAGAGUCAAGUCGCAAGCACAUGGCAGAUAUGGCAAAGAAGCUGACCGAUAUGGGUUCAACCACACAUCUUCUAUCCGAAUCACCGGGCGACAUAUGAUCAACAUCUGGCGAGCAAUGAGGAGUGAAUUGAAUUUACUUCAGUACAGCAUGGAGAAUGUUGUAUUCCAUCUGCUUCAUCGCCGGAUCCCUCAUUAUUCCUUCCGUGAACUCACAUCAUGGUACCGAAGCGGCAAACCUCGCAAUAUUAUGAAAGUCGUCGAUUAUCUCGUUUCUCGUGUACAAAUGAACGUCGAAAUACUGGAUACCAAUGAGUUGAUACCGAGGAUAAGUGAGCAGGCUCGAUUACUUGGGAUAGACUUCUACUCGGUGAUCUCACGAGGAUCUCAAUUCAAGGUUGAGUCUUUGAUGUUUCGCAUUGCAAAGCCCGAGAACUUCUUACUCGUGUCCCCGAGCAGAAAGCAGGUUGGCCAGCAGAAUGCGCUAGAGUGUCUUCCAUUGGUUAUGGAACCUCAGAGUGACUUCUACACCAGCCCGCUGAUAGUCUUGGAUUUCCAGUCGCUGUAUCCCAGUAUUAUGAUCGCCUACAACUACUGCUAUUCGACCUUCCUUGGACGAGCGCGGCAAUGGAGAACCAGGGACAAAAUGGGGUUUAUGGACUACCAACGGCAGUCAGGAUUACUCGAGCUGCUCAAAGACAAGAUUAACAUUGCACCGAAUGGCAUGAUAUAUGCCAAAUCCCAAGUCCGCAAAUCGCUUCUCGCCAAAAUGCUGGCAGAAAUCCUGGAGACCCGUGUCAUGGUAAAAUCUGGCAUGAAGCAGGACAAAGAUGACAAGACACUGCAACGUCUCCUGAAUAACAGGCAACUGGCGCUCAAACUCAUCGCCAACGUCACGUACGGCUAUACCUCUGCCUCAUUCUCCGGACGAAUGCCCUGCUCCGAGAUUGCCGAUAGCAUCGUUCAAUCGGGCAGAGAGACGCUCGAAAAAGCGAUUGCUUUCAUCCAUUCCGUGGAACGAUGGGGCGCCGAAGUCGUAUAUGGCGACACUGACAGUCUGUUCGUCUAUCUCCGCGGCCGCACGCGCGACCAAGCCUUCGACAUUGGCGAAGAGAUCGCCAAAGCCGUGACCGACAUCAACCCGCACCCGGUCAAGCUCAAAUUCGAAAAAGUCUACCAUCCCUGUGUGCUCAUGGCCAAGAAACGCUACGUCGGCUUCAAAUACGAACACCGCAACCAGAAAGAGCCCGAAUUCGACGCCAAGGGUAUCGAAACCGUCCGUCGAGACGGCACCCCAGCGGAGCAGAAGAUCGAAGAAAAGGCACUGAAGCUCCUCUUCCGCACCGCCGACCUCAGCCUCGUCAAAAGCUACUUCCAGAAACAGUGCACCAAGAUCCUCCAAGGCAAAGUCUCGAUCCAGGACUUCUGCUUCGCGCGCGAAGUCAAACUCGGAACCUACAGCGAACGAGGCCUCCCUCCCCCAGGCGCCCUGAUCAGCACCAAAAAGAUGCUCGAAGACCCCCGCUCGGAGCCCCAAUACGGCGAACGCGUUCCCUACGUCGUCGUCACCGGCGCCCCAGGCUCCCGACUGAUCGACCGCUGCGUAGCCCCUGAAACCCUCCUCCACGAUCCCCAACUCGACCUCGACGCCGAAUACUACAUCACCAAAAACCUGAUCCCGCCCCUCGAACGCAUCUUCAACCUCGUCGGCGCCAACGUCCGCUCCUGGUACGACGAGAUGCCCCGUUUUCAACGCAUCCGCCGCGUCGAAGGCUCCUCCCUCGCCACCGCCUCCUCCUCCGGCGCUGGAAAAGACACCCGCAAGACCCUUGAAUCCUACAUGAAAUCCUCGACCUGCAUCAUCUGCCGCUCCAAACUGCUCGACGCCGACAUCCCCGUGUGUCCCGACUGCAUGACACACCCUCACAUCUCCCUACUCGAUCUAACGAAUCGCCAACGCCAGGCAGAGAAGCGGGUCCUCGAUCUCCAUCGCGUGUGCCGUUCUUGUAUGGGCGUUGCGUUUGACGAGGAGGUGAAGUGCGAUAGUAAAGACUGUCCGGUGUUUUAUUCCAGGACGAGACAUAUGGCGAAUUGGAGACAUACGAAGGCGGUUUUGGAUCCGGUUGUGAAGCUGUUGCAGGAUACGAGUGAGAGUGCCCUGGAGUGGUAAAGAUGAAGAUUCGUCGGCGUUCUUCUUGGGAAGUGAAUUGGAUUGAUUCUGUGGGCUUGAGGGAUACGCAUGGGUGUGGCUAUGUUAAUGUUGUGAUUUCU